AGUUCGUUGAUGGUAUAAAUUUUUUCAAAAAUUUCCAAUUCUCUUUGUUAUAAAAAAUUUAUAUUAUUAAAAAAAAAGUCUUUAAUCAGAAUAUAUACGGUGGAUCUGACAAACCUAAUGUCAAUAUAUCCGUCGUGCGGGAUCAGAGGAAAUCUAAUUAUCGAGCAAUCGAAGCUACAACCGACGAAGGCGACGCGCUCGCUAUGUAAAUGGGGAAUCUAAUGAGAGAAUACCCGCGAUAUUCUAACGAGAGAGGAUAGAAAAUGCCGCGUGCGCGAACGGAAGUGUUCGACCCGAUGAUGGAGAUAGAAAGACCGUCGCGGUGCAUCAGAUUUCUACGCUUGUUGUGGAAAUUCAGCAGAUGCGUCUUCUCCCACGUGACGCUCAUCUCCUUGGUAGUUGCUUAUUGUAUGAUCGGCGCGUACGCUUUCGAGGCACUGGAAGCGAAUCACGAAAAGGAGGUGAAGAAGAGCAUCAAGAGCAUACGUGAAAACGUUUCGGAAAAGCUAUGGAAAAUCACGAAGAAUUUCGACGUGUUGAUUCAGGACAAUUGGACGAGGAAGGCGUUGGAAGAGCUCAAGAACUUCGAGGAAAGCCUCCAGAUAAAAAUGAAGAUGGAAGGAUGGGACGGCGAGGAAGAGGGUAAUAUACAGUGGACAUUCGCCGGCGCUCUGUUCUAUUCCAUCAUCGUAAUCACGACAAUCGGUGAGUCAAUACCUAAAAUUAGUCAAUCGCGAUAG